AAAAUCCUGUGUUGCGGUUCUGAAAUGGUAGACAUUUCUUGCUGGCGCCGAGUCAGACGGUCGUUUUGAUAAAGCAAAACAGUAGUACUUUGUCUGGAGAACUCAUGAGCGUCGCCGUGUUGAGGCAACGCAAUUGAAGAGAGAGAGUGAGCGAGAGGCGGUAGAAUGCAAAAGAUACCGGGUCGUGUGGAGAAAUACAGCACGGUGUGUGCGUAACAAUUAUGAGGAUGAGGGCUCUUGCUCCUUACGGUUAUUCACUCGGGAGAAAGGAAUGAAGGUGGAGGUAGGUUUUCACCCGUUUCGCGGCAUCCGUGAAGUAAUGGGAGUACCACGAAUUCGGACAUUAUCUUUUGCUCUCCUGCCUCGCAAUGCCCUUCCCCACGCAGGAACAGACCGAGCGAGGGCGGAGUGCGAGUAAGCCCAAGAGCCCAGUCACUUGUCCAUAUUCAUCGCUACCAACAACAACUCACCAACGCCAUAACCAUCAACCCAUGGACGCCGUUCCACUGGGAGCCCCUGGUUGCUGUCUCGCUGCGGUGCGUGAGUUUUGUGGGUCCCCGUUCUGUUGUAUCAGAUGUAGGUGAUUGCUUGCUUUCAUGGCCUCAGCUCUUACCCCACACACAUUUUUUCUUCUCGUGUGGAGAGGGCAGUUGGUUUCGCUCUGUAAUCGCCCGUGUGGAGAUUUCUGGAUACGGGCCGGUACUGUACACAGCUCUAAUGGAGCGUUUCGCAGAGAGGAUUUAUGUAUGUGGAGUGAUUGAGAGUGGUGAUUGGGACGGGUAUGAGGAGUUUGAUUUCCAGUGGGUUGCGCUGUAGUCAGUGCAUGGCUUAUUUUAACGCUGGGGAUACGUUGGUGCACCACUCAUUUCGAGCCCACUGAGUAUGCAGAGCAGAGUAGGGUUGAAGUGAUGUACACUCCCGAUGGUCGUUUUUGCUGAACUUGGUUGUGGCGAGAGGGAGCUCUUUGUGAAUGGCGGGGUGGGUUAAAUUUAAUCCCUGAAGUGUAUCUUGUAGUUGUAUCUUUGGGUUACCCUCUUGCAUAUUCCCAUGGUGUUCCCUGAUCUUUCAGUAGGGUUGUAGUCUAGAAGCUUGAACGUUCCAGGCUAGGUGUCCUGGCAUGAACUAAUCAUUGUCCGGUUGGAUGCUUCCUCUUUAAUCUUUUGCGGGUCUACCUAUUCGUGAACUGUAUGUAUCAGAAUUGCAAUCUGCUCUACGGGGAUUGUUUUUUUUGGUGUCUAUGUGACAUGCUUGUCACUACAUGGUUUUCAGUGGUUAGGAUACUCAUAACCGAUUAAGUUCUUACCAAUCAAAUCUUUCACGGGUAUCUCCAUACCUACUUUAUUAGGGCACUUUAUCAGCAUACAGCCUUCAGUCAUAGUUUUUUCUUUUGAUUUGGUUAAUUAUGGCAGCCUUUAUUUAUCUGGACUCACCAGUGGCUUCUGUUUUCAUUGUUUAAUUCCAUGUUCGGCCUACCGUAAACGAGGGCAGCUACGUCACCGUCACGUUGGUGGAGCUUAGUCUACGAACCUCAUUUUAUAGAUCAAUUACCAAUGGUGUUUCAACUUGAUCCCGGCAGAACAGAACGAAACCGAGGCAAAUAGCUACCAGAUCCUGUAUUUUAAAACUAAGAAGUUUAAAAGAUGCGGAUGAAGCUAAAGGUAUUUGGAUUAUCUGUACCAAGGCUAUCGGUGUAGAUUGAAGUGCUCUGUAUCCGAGUAGCCGAUCCAAAUAUGGCCGAGCUGCUGUUAAACCUUUGGAUUGGUUCUUGAUAAUGGCAUGCUCUUUUUUACGGCCAUGCACCGACCUGCUGUUAAACCUUUGGAUUGGUUCUUGAUAAUGGCAUGCUCUUUUUUACGGCCAUGCACCGACCUGUUUGCACUGAAAGGGUUUAUUUUCUCGGGAAGGUCAAUUCAGCAAUUUUGAGGUGGCGGAUGGUUCAUGGCUUUCGAAUCUACUGGAAGAAAAGUGUACUUGGCUGGUUUUUUGGAGCAUCACAAGGUCGGUACUCCUUCGACUGACUAGGAGAGUUGCGUGAGCUCAUCCAGCAUAUUAAUCUUUGAUCCACCUACGCCAGUUGGAGUUGUGGCUAUUUGGGCGAUCGUCUUGUGAUGAUCAUUUUCCGUAUAAAACCGAUGUGUUGCUGGAUAGAGAAGUCGUGAACUAGCUUCUCAAUUGGUCCAUUUCUCCCUCCGGUUUUUCUUUGUGUGCCGUUUCGAAAUGUGGGUCCUUCAUUUCCAUAAAGAAGUUGUAAUCCUGUACUACACACCUGUACUCAGGUUCUCUUAAACCUUUUCAAAGAUGAGUAGAAAGUGACACGCAAUUGCAUUGAUAUCCUUUGCUUGACCACAGCAUGUAGUAUUCGUUAGAGAUUUUGGAUUUCUGAUUUAAGCUGAGCCUCUCAGCCAACAAUCUUUGCGGCUUUAAAGAUGCCCUGGUGGCCUAUAUCUAGCAAGGAUAGUAAGAAAGGGAAGAAACCGACCACCAGUGGAUUAUUUGAUGGAGGUUCGGGUCAUUCGCGGAGUCCUAAACCACGUGCGAAGGAAGAUAAUGGCAGUAGUAAGUGCAACUCCCCCUACAGUUUAGAUCUGGCUUCGGAGGCAGGGUCUGGAUCUGGAGUAGGCUCGCGGUCGCCAUCUCCCUCAUCGCCUAUACACAACAGCAAAAGAAGGCAUUCUCAGGGGCAGCCUCUUCCGUUACCAUGUGCACCUCCCACGAAAUCCGUGGGACGGGCUUAUUCAGAAGUUCAGUUGCCCAAUGUUCAGAACCAGUGGGGUUCUUUGUUGCAUCAUGCAGCAUCCAUGCCUCUGCCCUCACCAGCUCAGGUCGGACUCAUGGAUAACGGGGAUUAUCCAUCAGGUUCGGUCUCCAGUGCCAGCUCGCUAGGAAGUGUUGAAGUAGAUCCCCGUCAACAAGGGCGAGCCUCACAUCUCCGACCGUUGCAGGAGCCUGAACCCCCCGAACAGCUGCGGCCAGUACCUCAAAUGAGCCAUGUCUCCGCCGCAUCACGAGGAGGAGUGCUUAGGCACGAGCCAGUACGGUCUGAGAAUUCUCGUUCUACAAGUCUUUUUCCUGGCAGUUACCCACCUGUCACUUCUCCCACUUCACGCGUUUGGCCUCCAAAGUGGCCCUCACCUCUGAAGAUUUCUCAAUCUCAACCUGACAGUUCAAAAUCGAGCCCUGUUCGUAGUCCCCGCUAUGUUUCGCAACACCAACGGAAUGGUAUGGAGCCUACAGUAUCAGGAUCUGUUACCGGUAGUCCUCACUCAGGCAACACUUCCGCCUACAAUUCUUGGCAAGGGGAUCUAGCGCCCUUAAUGGCACCGCAGCACCAUGAAGACAGGUCUCUAAGUCCUAGUCCAAGAUUACGAAGUCCCGGACCUAGUCGAACUACAAGUGCUGCCGUUUCUCCUUUACAUCCACGAGCUGUAAAUCGCACUAGUGGGGGACCUGACUCGCCCACGACUUGGUCUGGAGAAUCACCUGUAUCUGGUACUUCAACAAAAUGGCAGAAAGGAAAACUUCUAGGGUCUGGAACAUUUGGAAAUGUGUACGUGGGUUUCAACAAUGAUAAUGGUGGUUUUUGUGCCAUGAAAGAGGUUCUUUUGGUUUCGGAUGAUCAUAAGUCAAAGGAAAGUGUCAAGCAGCUAGGACAGGAAAUAAGUUUGUUGAGCAAGUUGCGGCAUGAGAACAUUGUACAGUACAUUGGCACGGAAACGUUGGAAGAUAGGUUGUAUAUAUAUUUGGAGUAUGUUUCUGGAGGAUCAAUCCAUAAACUGCUCCAAGAGUAUGGCGCUUUCAAAGAGCCAGUGGUGCGCAAUUACACUCGCCAGAUUCUCUCUGGACUAGCAUAUCUGCAUAAUCAAAAUACUGUGCAUAGGGAUAUCAAGGGAGCCAACAUUCUUGUAGACACCAAUGGAAUGGUGAAACUUGCCGACUUCGGCAUGGCUAAGCACAUCUCCGCUCAGUCUUUUCUCCAGUCUUUCAAGGGGAGUCCUUACUGGAUGGCUCCUGAGGUGAUAAAGAACACAGGAGGGUAUGAUUUAGCUGUGGAUAUAUGGAGUCUCGGUUGUACCGUGCUUGAGAUGUUGACCACCAAACCUCCAUGGAAUCAAUACGAAGGAGUUGCAGCAAUGUUCAAAAUUGGAAAUAGCAAAGAAUUGCCCGUCAUCCCAAACACAUUGUCCAGAACGGGGAGAGAGUUUGUGCGUUUAUGCUUGCAACGCGACCCUGCACAACGGCCAACUGCUGCUCAGUUGCUAGAGCACCCAUUUGUUCAAGAUGUUCCACGCAUCUGCAGACCAGAUGAUACCGUUGCUGGAACCGAUUUGCUGCCUAACACCAUUCCUGCCAUCAGACCUGUGAAUGUGACAUCGCAUAAGGGACAGAGACCUGUUACUUUGCACGAGAAUGAUGGCACAUGUCCGCAUACCAGGGGAAGGCUGCCGCAUUCACCAACGAGUGAACUUUCACCACGAACCCCAUCUGCACUUCCUUCCCUCAAUACCAAGUCUCCACGAAGAGUCCACCAGGUUUUUAGUGGGAUGUCUACCCCAGGGAUAAUGAGCUCAGGAUCAUCCACUCCGCCAGGUGGAGGUUAUGGCUGCUCACCCUUACUUCCACACCAGUUGUGCGGCGCCCUCUCUGUCUAUCCUAAUGAGGGAUAUGUGAAUAGCUCAAGGACACAAAGUGGACGGUAUGCAAGCCCUUCCGUAAUAAAUGGAGGGGUCUACCCUGAACCUCGAAAAGAUUCCCAUUGGAAUACACCUUCCCAACGUACUCCUGAUGGUAGCCCAAGGAGAAAAAAUCAUUUUAAUAGGGAUAAUAACAUAUUAGAUUUUACAGCAGGAAGAGUGGCCCUGGAAGAUGAUCAUCAAAUGCAAUAUCAUGGCAAUGGAACUUCUCGUGAGCAUUUGACUCAACAUCUUCACCACAGGCCAGGGUCUAGUCAUCAGAGUGCCCCUAUACUUAGUCGCACUCUCAGUCAUGAAUUUGCUCGUCAAUGGCAACCCUGAGUGAUCGUGCGACUUGGGGACUCAGACGUCUCCACGCAGGCGGUGUAAUGGUAUAGAAACAUCAUUUGUCGAACGUAUGGUAUAUUUGUGGAUGGCAGAAGUUUGACAUCAUGUAAUUAUGAGGGCUAAAGCAGAUCCUCAUUGCUAAGUGCUGCUGGUUGCAUGUCCUCAUUUUUUGCAAUUUUUGAAUCGUUUUGGAUAAUGGGGUCUUUUCAACUUUAGAACCAAGAGUGGCAUUGUUUGAACAGUCAUUAUAGUUUUCAGGACAUCAGUCCAAUUGAGAGGUAGGCACCAUCUCAAUGGAACAAUUGGCUCUUGUUUCUGAACAGGAGUUUCUAUAGAUUUUAUAGGAUUAGUGCGUUGGGGAUGAGUUGGCUAUUCGAUAAAUGUAGCUGAUGAAAUAGUUAGCUGCCUACGGUGAUCAGUGCGAUCACCUUGCUGAUUAUCCUAUGAUUUUUAUUCUUCAGCAAUUGCAUUUGUAUUUGAACCAAAUUAAUGUAAAGAUGUUAGAGAAGUUCUUGAAGUCUGCUUUCAGCUGC